UAGUUUGCAAGUGAAUAAGUAUUUUUCUAGUGUAAAAAAAAUUAACAAAAUAAAAAUUUAUGUGAAAAUGUUGUUGAAUUGUGUGUAGUUAUUCUCUAUAAAAUAUUAAUUUUUAAUAGUUUUGUUUUGACCAGUUAUUUUCGUUUUUUUGUUUUUGUUGUGUGAGUGUUUUUCAUCUGAAAACUGUUGUAUUACGGAUUUGUCAAUUAUUCAGGAUGAGUAAUACGAGUAGCAGUACAUUUAGUAAUACUGUUGCAAGUAUAGCUGUAACAGCAGCUUCCUUAGCUUUAAAUAUUACAAGUACAAUUGGUGCUGAAACAGAUAAUUCAUCGGCAUCAAUUUUAUCAUCCACAACGCCAUCAACGCCGGCCGCAUCUAUAUCAUCCUCCACAGUACCACCCGUACAUGCUCAAGUCCCUGCCACUAAUAUAUUUUUACAAACAAAAGUUUGUCAGGGUAUUGCUGGAUUCUUUGUAUGGGCUGCAUUAUUCCUAACAUGUCAACAGAUUUAUCAACAUUUACGAUGGUAUACAAAUCCGCAAGAACAACGGUGGAUAGUUAGAAUUUUAUUUAUUGUACCAAUAUAUGCAUGUUAUUCAUGGGUCAGUUUAUUGUUCUUCAAUUCUGAGAGUUAUUAUGUUUACUUUUUCACUGUACGUGAUUGCUAUGAAGCAUUCGUAAUUUAUAAUUUCUUGAGUUUGUGCUAUGAGUAUUUGGGUGGUGAAGGAAAUAUCAUGAGCGAAAUACGUGGGAAACCUAUCAAGUCGAGUUGUUUAUAUGGGACAUGUUGUUUAACUGGAAAAACUUACACGAUUGGUUUCUUACGAUUUUGUAAACAAGCGACGUUACAGUUUUGUCUUGUUAAACCUUUAAUGGCAUUUAUUAUAAUAUUUUUACAAAUUUUCGGACAUUACAGAGAUGGUGAUUGGAGUCUCAACGGUGGAUACAUUUACACAACAAUUAUAUACAAUAUCUCUGUUUCAUUGGCGUUAUACGGUCUAUUCUUGUUUUAUUAUGCGACACGUGAUUUGUUAACACCAUUUGAACCUGUAUUGAAGUUCUGUACAGUAAAAUCGGUUAUUUUCUUAUCAUUCUGGCAAGGUGUUGGACUAGCCGUAUUAGAAAAAGGUGGAGUUAUUUCACCAAUAAUUGAUGUAAAUGGAACAGCAACGUCAGCUGGUACUGUUUCAGCUGGUUAUCAAAACUUUUUAAUAUGCAUAGAAAUGUUUUGUGCUGCUGUUGCCUUACGUUAUGCGUUUCCAUUCCAAGUGUAUGCACAAGGAUGUAUUACAGACUCACAUGGACGAUCUGUUACAAUGCAGUCGAUUAGUAGUAGCUUAAAAGAAACAAUGAAUCCAAAAGAUAUAAUGACAGAUGCUAUACACAAUUUCCAUCCACAAUAUCAGCAAUAUACACAAUAUAGUUCUGGAGGAAGUAAAAGUUCCCGAGGUAUGCGAGUAUCAAGUUAUGAUCCAGAUGAUCCAAUGCAAGGUGGAAAUACACCAGGCCAACAAAAGAAAACUAUAUUAACUGCUGGGCAAAGAGUUGCAACCAUAUCACAAAAUUAUAAUGAAAAAACAAUGCUUUUAAGUUCGGAUGAUGAAUUACAAUAAAUUUUCAUCAAUAUUUUAAAUUCAUAAAAAAUCACCAAGAUAUACCAGAUAAAG